AUGUCCAAGCCAACAGCCAACUGGGAGAAGGUCGGCGACAAGUUCUACAGGAAAGUGCAGCUUUACCAGGCCGUCUUUGACCAAGACCUCGAGCUCGAGAACUACAAUGUGGUGGGGGCGCCGUACAGCGGUGCUGUAGCCGUUUACCGCGAUGAGGAGAAGCUGCACGCCUACCGUGGGCCCGGCGCGUCCAAAUCGAGCAUCGACAUCUACAGCUGCGCGGGCAAGCUGAUUCGCACUAUCAAUUGGGACAAAGGCACCAUCAAGGGCCUGGGAUGGUCCGAAGACGAGAAGCUGCUCGUCAUCACAUCAGACGGCACCGUGCGCUGUUACUACGACCUCCAAGGCGACUUUGUACCCUUCACUCUCGGCCACGGCGCAGAUGAAUUCGGCGUCGUGUCCUGCAAGUUCUACAGCACCGGUUUCGUUGCGCUCCUUGCGAACAACCACCUCAUAUCCGUCACCUCGUAUGCCGAACCACGCCCCAAGCUCCUCGCUAUACCUCCCACCGAACCUGUCAUAUCAUGGAGCAUCAUACCACCCACCUACUCGCUCUCGCGGUCCGUGGAAGUCAUACUGGCAAUAGGCUCGACACUGUACGUGGUUGACGCGACUGAGGCUGAAGACCGCAACUUUGAUGCCGGCCCGUUCAGGCAUAUUGCCGUCAGCCCCCGCGCGGAAUUUCUCGCCUUCUACACAGAAGACGGAAAGGUGUGGGUGGUUAGCGGUGACUGGAACGAGAAGCUCAGUGAGUACGACAGCAAGAUCAAGACGGUGCCAAAAGACAUGGAAUGGUGUGGCUCAAAUGCUGUCGCGCUAGCAUGGGAAGACGAGGUACAUCUGAUUGGACCCAGGAGUGCAGCCACCAAGUUCUACUACGAUACCUGGGUACAUCUCUUACCAGACGUAGACGGCAUACGGCUCCUCACAAACGAAGUCUGCGAGUUCAUACAAAAGGUACCGGAUGAGGCGGUGGAUGUCUUCAGAUUAGGCUCAGACUCGCCUGCUGCAAAUCUGCUAGAGGCAUCUUCAUUACUCGAACAAAAGAGCCCCAAAGCCGACGACCUCAUACAGUUGAUACGGCCGAGUCUGGGUGAAGCCGUCGACACGUGCAUCAAGGCUGCAGCGCAUGAAUACAACAUUCACUGGCAGAAGUCGCUACUGAAAGCGGCUUCGUACGGAAAGUCAGUGCUGGACUUAUAUUCGUCUGAUGAUUUUGUCGACACGUGCGACACACUACGAGUUCUGAACGCGGUACGCUUUUAUGAAGUCGGACUACCACUUAGUUAUGACCAGUAUCGACGUAUGACGCCCGAGAAGCUUGUCGAACGUCUCACAAACCGCAGCGAAUAUCUUCUCGCAUUGCGCAUAGCUGAAUACCUGCAUCUCCCAGCAAACCAGAUUCAUGGACACUGGGCGCAGCAGAAGGUUCGCGUCUCAACGGGUCCUGAAGAAGAGAUCUGCAGUCUCAUAGUUAAGAAACUACAUGGCAAACCGGGUGUCUCAUUCGAAGAAAUCGCACGGGCAGCGUAUGUCGAAGGUCGCAUUCCACUGGCGACAGAACUGCUCAACUACGAGCCUAGAGCUGGCAAGCAGGUACCACUGCUACUCAACAUGAAGGAGGACAACAUUGCGCUUGACAAGGCUAUCGAGUCAGGCGACACUGACCUCAUCUAUCACGUUCUCUUGCAUCUGCGCAAGAAACUACCUCUUGCGUCCUUUUUCCGCGUCAUCAAUAGUCGACCUGUUGCUACAGCACUAGUAGAGUCAUCAGCUUGGGACCAGGACCGCGAGUUACUAAAGGAUCUCUACUACCAAGACGACAGGAGACUGGACGGCUCAAACCUCCUCCUAUCCGAGGCCAUCGUACAGGAAAGCCAUACCGCCCAGCAAGACAAACUGAAGCUAGCAUCGAAAUACCUCCAAGACUCUCGCGACAGUACAGCCGUCUUCCAACGCCAAGCCAUCGACGAUGCCGCCAAACUCCUCCGCCUCCAAACACAAUUCGAAACCGAUCUCAACGGCCCACGAGACCCAGCAUCGACAGGUCCAUUACCAGGUCAGACCUACGUUGGGCUUUCGGCAAACGAAACGAUAUUCCAACUUGUCCGCCAAGGCCACUACAAGCGCGCCUCAAAAGUCGUCUCCGAGUUCAAAAUCAACGACAAGACCUACACGUACAUCCGUCUGCGCGCCCUCGUCGCAGCCCGGCACUGGAAUGAGCUCGAAGAAUUUGCAAAGCAGAAGAAAAGCCCGAUUGGGUGGGAGCCGUUUUUCAACGAGAUUCUUGGGGCGGGGAAUACGAGGGUGGCGAGUGUGUUUAUUCCAAAGUGUACGGGGUUGAGUGUGCAGGAGAGGGUGGAGAUGUGGAUCAAGUGUGGGCUUAUGGUCAAGGCAGGGGAGGAGGCGUUCAAGGCCAAGGAUAGGGAGUUGCUGUGUGAGAUUAGGGAUAAGGCUGGGGGGAGUGCGGCGGUCGAGGUGGAGAGGUUGGUGGGUAUGUUGCCGCAAGGGAAGAGGUAG